GAUAUAUAGCAUGAUAUAUGAAUAGUAUUUUUUUUUAGGGUUAGGGUUUUACAGAAGCCAUAACUAGGAUAACACUGUAGGGUUCAAUCUCAAGCUUCGGCUCUCUCGGCAAAAUUCUUUCAUAGAUGGGCAGCAAUCAAGCGGCAUUGUCGUUCCUCAACACCUUAGCCCGGGCGGCAUUGGGCCUCCGCUUGGGCGUCACCGUUCUCAACUCCUCGCUCUACACCGUCGACGGCGGCCAACGCGCCGUCCUCUUUGAUAGGUUCCGGUGAGUCAUCGACCAGAAAGUCGGUGAAGGAAUGCAUUUCCUAAUCCCCUGGCUCCAAAAGCCCUUCAUCUUCGACAUCCGAUCCCGUCCCCACACCUUCUCUUCCGUCUCCGGCACGAAGGAUCUCCAAAUGGUCAAUCUCACUCUCCGUGUCCUCUUUCGCCCUGAAUUCUAAGGCCAUCUCCAACGGCUUCGCCAAAUCCAAUCGCCAAGCCAUUUGUAGCGAACGCAGUCCAAAUUCGGUCCUCCAACACUGCUCGCCAUCGUCAAAAUUUUGGCGAAGCUCAAAACCAUCGCCAAGGCUGGCGACCCAAAUCCGCGCGUUCAAGGUUCGCUCUCUCUCCCCACCACAACGGCCAUCAACGCCGGAAGAGGGCCGACGCAUGCCGGAAGAAGGCCAUCAACGCCGGAAGGCGAAAUCGGAAGUUGCAGACCCGGCAAGAGCAGAUCCGGCGAAGACCUUGGGCUGAGCGAUCGGCGGCGGCCACCAGCAGAAGAACGAUCGGCGACCCAGAUCCGGGGAAGAGCUUGGGCUGCGCGGCUUGGUUUGAGGAGCAAAUCGUUCAGCAACUUCAUCCAGUGGGUUUGUUAUUUUUUCUUUUGCUUUAUUUAUUUGAUUAUUAAUUUGUAUAUUUAAUUAUAUUAUGUAUUUAAUUAUUAAUUUAUGUAUGUAUAUCUAAAUUAUGAAAAUAUUUUAAAUAAUUUUGUUAAAUAAUUGAUUUUAAAAAAUAUUAAUAAAUUUAUUUAUAAAUAUUAUAAAAAUCUAAUAUGGUUAUAUUUAUUGUUAAAUUAUCAAAUAAAUAAUAAAAUUUUAAAAUAAUAAAAAUAAUAAAAAAGAUAAAAUAAAUACAAUUAAAAUUUAUUAAUAAAUAAAUAAAAUAAAAAAGUAAAAUAGAGAGAAAAAAAAAUAGAAGUCUGGUUAAACCCUGCAUAAUUUUUAAGAUAAAAUUAAAAUAGGGAGUUAAAUGUUUAGAGAGAGAGAGAGAUAAAAGUGAGUUGGAGAUCGCCUUUCAAACUCGAGUCCGACGAGAAGGUCCUUCCGUCCAUCGGGAAUGAAGUCCUCAAGGCCGUCGUCACUCAGUUCAAUGCCGAUCAGCUGCUGACUGAGCGCCCUCACGUCUCAGCCUUGGUCCGCGAGAGCCUGAUUCGUCGCCACUUGUCAUACGGGGCGGAGUUCUCCAAGGCAGUAGAGCAGAAGCAGGUGGCACAGCAGGAGGCCGAGCGGUCUAAGUUCAUUAUGGCCAAGGCCGAGUAGGAGAGGCGAGCGGGCAUCAUUAGGGCGGAGGGACAGAGCGAGUCUGUCAAGUUGAUUUCGGAUGCAACUGCUACUGCUGGAAUGGGAUUGAUCGAGCUCAGGCGGAUUGAACCUUCUAGGGAUAUAGUGGCAACAUUGGCAAAGACUCCCAACGUGGCUUGCCUGACUAGCAGCCUAGGGGAAACAUGUUGAGGCGACCGCGAUGGGGACGGGCUGGAGGCGACAGUGAUGGGCUGGGGAUACAGCACAACAGAUUUAAAGUAACAGUAGACCACAUAAAACGGGCUGAAGACGAUGGGCUCGAGGAUUUUUUUUUUUUUUUUUAGAAAAUUAAAACAAAUAGAAGAGCAAAGUGACAACCCUAGAAUUGAAAAUAGAUAUUAAAAUCGGACAGUUGCUUAUAAUAAUAAUUAUAAUAAUUCUCAAAAAUUGAUUUGACAAUAACAAUUAUAAUAAUUCUUUUUAUGAUAAAUAUUUAAGUGCUCACUUAAUAUAUGUAGUUUGUGUAAUAUUUACAUGUGCCUAAUUUAUAUGGGAAAGGUGGUUGAGUUUGAUUUAGAGAAUGUUUUGAUAAUGAAUAUUUAAUGUUAUGUGAACAAACAUUUAAUGAUAUUUUGAGUUUGUUUUGAUGAUGAAAAGUUAAAUGCAAAAUUUGAAUGAAUCUGGAUAGAAUUAUCCUUAAUAUGUUACUCUAGGGUUUCAAAAGUCAACCCAAGUGUCCAUAGGACCAUAGUAUACAAGUAAAAUCAAAUGACUUAUGGUACUUAGAGUAUACUCAAAUGACUUAAGAUAUUAUCUUUUCAGUGUUCAAAUAUUGUGUUAAUCAAGUAACACAUAAAUUGAACUUAAUAGAGCAAUAUUCAUCUUAAUUGAUUGAGAAAACAUUUUAGUUGAGUCACAAGUUUUGUACUCAACUAAUUAUCUUUUUGAUUGAGUAAGAUUUGAGUACUCGAGAUUAAUCGAUUGGAUAAUGCUAUUUGUACAUAUAGGGAUUUUACAGGUCACUUGAAAAGACCAUUUUGCCCCUUUCUCUCUUUUCUCAAUAGCCAUUUUACUCGUCUCUCUCCCUGUCCUCUCCUUUCUCUCUCUCUCUCCUCUCCUCCCCCUUCAACACCACCUGCCGCCAGUCACUACCUCGCCCUCACCGCCUGUUGUAUCCUCGCAUGGUUGACGCCUCGCUUCUCACCUAGCUGACUGCCACCGCGAGAGGCAAGACGACUAGGCAAGGAUGUAGUGGGCAAUGAGGGCGGUAGCAAUCAGUCAGACGAGGAUGCAACGGAGGCGACAGCGAGAGGAAGAUUGUGAGAGGUAGUGCUGAAAGGGAAAUGAGAGAGAGAGGUGCGGUUGCUGGAGGGGGAAGGGAGGAGAAAGAGAGGAGAGGAGAGAAGAGAAGAGAAUAUCGUGAUAAGUCCUCAAUUUAUUGCGAGAACAUUACCUGUAAAACCUCCCUUGUACGAAUAGCAUGAUCCUAAUCGAUUAUACACUUGUUUUAUUUAAGUAUAUGAUAGAAUAACGUUAAUCAAGUAAACAAAUAGUUAAUCGACUUAUUGAUAUAUUUGUCGAGUAACUAUCUCAUUUAAUCGAGUAAUAAAUCUAAGACAAAAUGACAAGUCUCUGUACUUAUAUUAUUAAUUGACUAAGUCAAACUUGUAAGCGAGUAAAGUUAUACCUUAGUCUUCGUCGAGUGACCCAAAAAGUUAAAUGUCAAAUCUCCAUACUUAAACCUUUUAGUAGACUAUGAAGUUAUUAUUAAUUGAAUAACUCCAUAUUUAAUCGAGUAACUAAAUGUUUUAGUCAAAUAAAAAUUAUUAAACAAAGUGUUAGCAUCUGUACUUAAAUUACUAAUUAACUAAGUCAAAAUUGUACUCGAGUAAUGCUAUAUUUGAAUUGAGUAUCAAAAGUAAUCAAUGGAGUAUUAUUAUUCUUGGGCACUGCUAUGUUGCCCACCAUCGGGCAACAUAGCAGUUGCCCGACUGAGAGAGCGCUGCAUGUGGCGCUCUCUCAAUCGGGCAACUGCUAUGUUGCUCGACGGUGGGCAACAUAACAGUUGCCUAUUAUUCCUUAGUCGAAUAACAAACAUUUUAAUUGAGUAAUAACUAAUGUAGCUGACAAACAUAAUCGAGCAAUAUUGUUCAGUAAUCGAGUAACAUCUAAGCUUAAUCGAUUACCUAUUAAGAUUACCGAAGUCACACCGUCAUUACUUGACUAAUAUUAUAUUAAAUUUUAAAUUAUAUAAUUGUAGCAUAUAACAUUAAAUAUUUACAAUUUUUAAUUUCAAACAAAUAAAUCUUUAAGAUGUCUAAAUAAUCUUUCAUGCAAGUUGAUUAUAUUUGAAAUUCAAGAGCACAUUCAUUGGGUUGGGUUGAAAAGAAAAAGAAAUAUCUUGCAACACAACAUGUUUUAAUUGAGCUUGUGAAAAGCUGUGCAAGAAUCGUACCACUGAACCAGAUGUCCCUUCCAUAACAAUGGUCGGAUAUUAAUCUCUGUCUCGAAGAGCGUACCCAGGGGGGGGGGGACGCGAUAAUCAAAGCACCUAUCUUCAGCUAACCUUCGAGUCACACACCGGCGGGUCAUUUCACCGGACUUUCAUGUUGAAGGAUGGUUAGAGCAAUAUGAUGCUCUAAGAGCAACUGAAAUCACUUGCGUAUAACUUGUUGCUUUGCUUUCGAAGAGGAACUGAAAUCACUUGUGCCCGGCAUCUUCGAUCUCUCGUUCUGCUCUUCUUCUCCGUUUUUGGUAGAAGAAUGGGGGAAGCCAUGGAAGAGCUUCAUUUGGAUUCUGUACGCUCUGCGGUUUUCAAAAAAUCAGAAAUGCUUGAAGGUUCCUGUACCAAGAUUGAGGGCUACAAUUUCAACAAAGGCGUGAACUAUCCCGAGCUUCUCAAGUCCAUGGUCUCCACUGGCUUUCAGGCCUCCAACCUCGGCGACGCCAUUGAAGUUGUCAAUCAAAUGCUAGACUGGAGGCUUUCUGAUGAACCGUUGGUGGAGGAUUGCAGCAAAGAGGAAAGUGACCCGGUGUACAGAGCAUCCGUGAGGUGCAAGGUGUUUUUAGGUUUCACUUCAAAUCUCAUUUCAUCUGGGGUUCGAGAGACUAUUCAAUAUCUUGUUCAGCAUCGUAUGGUUGAUGUCGUGGUUACAACUGCUGGUGGUGUUGAAGAGGACCUUAUAAAAUGCCUUGCUCCAACAUAUAAAGGUGAUUUUUCUCUACCAGGAGUUCAUUUACGCUCAAAAGGAUUGAACCGCAUUGGUAACUUAUUGGUUCCUAAUGAUAACUACUGCAAAUUUGAGGAUUGGAUCAUGCCAAUAUUUGACCGGAUGCUGGAAGAGCAGAAGCAGAAGAAUGUAUUGUGGACUCCAUCCAAAGUUAUUGCUCGUCUGGGAAAAGAAAUAGACAAUGACAGUUCUUACCUAUACUGGGCGCAUAAGAAUGGCAUUCCUGUCUUCUGCCCUGGCUUAACAGAUGGCUCGCUGGGGGACAUGUUAUACUUCCAUUCUUUCCAAAACCCCGGUCUGGUCAUUGACUUAGUGCAAGAUAUUAGGGCCAUGGACGGUGAAGCAGUCCAUGCAGCUCCAAGGAAGACAGGGAUGAUAAUUCUUGGAGGUGGGAUGCCCAAGCAUCACAUUUGCAAUGCCAAUAUGAUGCGUAAUGGUGCCGAUUAUGCUGUCUUCAUCAACACUGCGCAAGAGUUUGAUGGCAGCGAUUCUGGUGCCCGCCCAGAUGAAGCUGUGUCAUGGGGGAAAAUACGAGGAACUGCAAAAAGAAUUAAGGUCCACUGUGAUGCAACUAUUGCUUUUCCUCUACUGGUUGCAGAAUCAUUUGCUGCAAAAGCAAAAGAAAUUUGAAGAUAGUAAGUCAUAAAUGCAAAAUCUUCCUCUGCCAGCCGGGUUUAAUGUCAUGAAGGAGAUGUCAAGAGGUUGAUGAGGUUUCUCAGAUAUGUGUAACUUGUUCAAACCAUCGCAUGGAACUAUUCAUUUGUAGUAGCAUCAUUGGCAACCCUCUCAUAUUAUGAUUUGUCUGUGAGGUUGGAAAUUCUUGUCUGUACUGUACUCAUCUUGUCUGCAUUGUUGAAGCAGAGCUGCAUCUGCUGUGGCUCAAAUGCUGGAUGCUUGCAUUGCAUUCCUUUGUUAACAACUCUUGACGCAAAUUUCAUGAAGAUGAUUUCCUUUGAAAGCA